AUGAAACGAGUAAAUUUUCAAAGAAAUUUUUUUAAGAAAUUCGAUUUUUUAGUAGAACAACAAAAAAUUGAAGAAAAACAAGAACAACAAAAUAUAUUCCCUAAAAUAAACCAAAUUUUAAUGAAACCUCCCCAACAAUCAAACCAUAACAUAGGAAAGGAUAUGUUGGAAAUGGUUACUGCUGGGUAAGCGA